CCCUUCAUUUAUUAGAGUAAUAGAAGGAGAGAGAGAUUAGAUUUGGUUCGUCAGCCCCAAACCUGUUUGGUAUUAUUAUUAUUAUUAAUAUUAGGUUUCUAUAAAAAAGAUGUCUCCGGCCGAAUCGUCUCGGGAGGAAAAUGUCUACAUGGCCAAAUUGGCUGAGCAGGCUGAACGGUAUGAGGAGAUGGUGGAGUUCAUGGAGAGCGUAGCAAAGACGGUGGACGAUGAGGAACUAACCGUAGAGGAGAGAAACCUUCUCUCUGUGGCUUACAAGAACGUGAUUGGAGCAAGGAGGGCUUCAUGGCGGAUCAUUUCCUCCAUUGAGCAGAAAGAAGAAAGCCGCGGAAAUGAAGAGCAUGUGGCUGCUAUCAAGGUAUACAGGGCGAAGAUUGAAUCAGAACUCAGCAAGAUCUGUGAUGGGAUCAUGGGACUUCUGGAGUUGCAUUUAAUACCAUCAUCGACAACUGCGGAGUCCAAGGUCUUCUACCUCAAGAUGAAAGGUGAUUACCACAGGUACCUGGCUGAGUUUAAGACUGGUGCUGAGAGGAAGGAAGCUGCCGAGAGCACUUUGUUGGGUUACAAGUCUGCUCAGGACAUUGCUCUGGCUGAAUUGGCUCCCACUCACCCGAUUAGGCUGGGGCUUGCUCUUAAUUUUUCAGUUUUCUAUUACGAAAUUCUGAACUCACCUGAUCGUGCUUGCAGUCUUGCAAGGCAGGCUUUUGAUGAGGCUAUUUCUGAGCUGGAUACUUUGGGCGAGGAAUCUUACAAGGAUAGCACAUUGAUCAUGCAACUUCUCCGAGAUAAUUUGACAUUGUGGACCUCUGACAUCACAGAGGAUGCCGGAGACGAAAUCAAAGAAGCUACUAAGAAAGAAUCAGAAGAUGGGCAGUAGUGAUGAAUCCAUCUGGACUCGAAGCAAUAUUCAAGGACUGGGUUUGCUGUGCAGAUGGUCCCUGUAUUUUUGCGGUUGUUUUUAGAUGCCAAAUUGGUUUGUUGUAGCAAAGAUUUCUUUGUCGACUUACAAAUCAUGAAUUCUGUGGCACUUGGGUUGGAACAUUUGUAUGGAUUAUAAACUUUGCCUUUUUAUUAUUGAACAAGAGUAUUUGGCUUGAAGAUUG